AUGAACUUCUGCGACGGUAGGCCACCACCCAUUAGCUCAGCCGCAGCAGCAGCAGCAGCAGCAGCAGCAGCAGCAGCAGAAGGAGCGGCAGCAGGAGCCGUAGGAGUAGCAGCAGUAGCAGCUGCACUAGCGGCAGCGGCAGCAGAGGCAGCACCAGAUUCUCCGCAUCGAGGAGACCUUUCGGAGCUUUUGCGGCAGCAAGGAGAGAAGCAGCAGCUGCUUCCAGAGGCCCAAGUGGUUCGCUGGCUGGCGCAGCUGCUGAUGGCUGUGAAGUACAUACACCUCAACCACAUCCUCCACAGAGACAUAAAGAGCCAGAACAUAUUUGUGGAGAAGAGCGGGCGUCUGCGUCUGGCGGACUUUGGAGUCAGCAAAGCCCUCGAGAGUUCUUUAGCCCAGGCCAAGACUUUCAUAGGAACUCCUUACUACCUCAGCCCCGAGCUCUGCGAGCUGCGAGAAGUCUGCAAUGUAGCGCUCAACAGGAAGAGCUACAGCAGCAGCAGCAGCAGCUACAGCAACGCCAGCCAGAGUAGCCUCAACUACAGCAGCAGCAGCAGCAGCUGCCAGCCGCAGCAGCCCCAACUGCAGCAGCAGCAAGAGAAGCAGCCACAGCAGGGUCUGCCGGAGCGAGCAGCCUCAACUCCACCGGCAGCAGCUGCAACAGCAGCAGCUGCAGCUGCAGCUGCAGCAACACCCUCCAAAGCAGCUGCAACCAGAGCAGCAGCAGCAGGAGCAGCAGCAGCAGCAGCGGGUGUGUGCGUGCUGCUGCGCUGCUGCACUUCGCAGGGCUCCCCGUACGGGCCCCCUUCCGACAUGUGGGCUGUGGGCUGCGUGGCUUUUGAACUUUGCUGCUGCAAAACUCCUUUCCACGAGGCCCAGAACCUGCCAGACCUUUGCUACCGCAUUUGCAACGCGCAAAUUCCGCGGAUUCCUGCUGUUUAUUCUUCGGAGCUGCAAACCCUCAUCAGCAAAAUGCUGCAAAGAUGUCCCAAAAGAAGAGCGACUGCUGCAGAACUCCUCGAGACCCCCCUCAUCCAGGCAGCAAUAAGGGAUAUGGUGAGGGAAACGAAGAGCCGCCCGUCUAGUUCGUCUUAG